AUGCUGCUGUGGAGUCAGAUGCCUUUUGGGAUGGCCAAUGUUCGAACCUUCAAUGCUGCCAUCAGUGCUUGUGCCACAAGUGCUCAGCCAGAUGUGUCCUUCCUUCUCCUGCAGCAGAUGUCAGCGAUGGUGUUGACACCUGACGUGAUAUCCUACAGUGCAGCAGUGCAUGCCUGCGAAAAGGGCUGGCGUUGGAAAGAUGCAUUGCAUUUGUUGAACAUCAUGGUCUCUAGAUCGACGGCCCCAAAUCUCAUCACCCUGAACUCAGCGAUCGCUGCUUGUGACAAGGCUGGUGAAUGGCAACAGGCAUUGAGAUUGAUUCUUGGCUCAAAAAGCUUCAGAGCGAGAGAGAUAGAGAGUGCUUUCCUAUUUUGCAAUCGAGUUCUUGUGUUGUUUUUUAGGUCUUUGCCGCUGUAA